AUGAGCGAUCAGCAGGACACUGAGAAUGACCUGCAAACCCGAUUUCCCGGGCGCGCCAAGCAAAUCAAUACGUUACUCUCACUGAUAGGACAGCCCACCGAUGCUGUUGUUCCUAGCAUUUUCGUUUAUGGCUGUCCCUCAUCUGGUAAAACGAGCGUGGUUCGUGCCGUCCUUGAAAAAACGCUCAAGCGUACAUCAUGGGCAUUUGUCAAUUGUAUUGAAUGCCAUUCGCCGCGCAUGGUGUUUGAGCACGCCAUGAACCAAUGGUGCGAUUGGACACCGUCUUGGAAUAAUCAGUUUACAGGCGUCUGCCGGAUUGACAGUAUUCAUCAGUUCGUUCAGGUUAUUCAGGAAGGCCACAUGUACAAAGAUCAAGACGAUCAGCAAGAAACACGGUAUUUGAUCCUGGAUCGGGCAGAACGUUUGCGUGAUAUGUCGUCUACUGUACUACCUGCGCUAUUACGACUUUCGGAGUUGGCACGACGAAAUAUUUGCGUGAUUUUGAUCAGCAGUAUUGUAUUUGAGAAAUUCCGAAUGAAAGGCGGUGUAUAUGAGCCUUUACUGAUCCGAUUCCCGGAUUACACGAAAGAAGAUACUUUACAGAUUUUGGAGCUCGACUUUGCUGCUUCAGGACGUCGCAUACCCAUUCUCCGAGAAAAAGACAUGGACGAUUCAUCGGACAGUGAUAAUGACAAUAACGAUGAAAAUCCAUCUUCCAGUACCAGCACAUCGUUAUCGCCGUCACCACAAGAAUAUCUGGAGCUGGAUGUUGCCUUCUUCAGAGAUUACGUGGAUAUCAUUUAUUCCGUCUUUAACCACAAUUGUAAAGACCUGAAUGAGAUUCGCUACUUCGCAGCCUUACUGUUCCCCCUAUAUCUGAAGCCUAUUCAGCAAGGACGAGCACAAAAACAUGAGAAAGCCAAGCUCUUGAAUUUAGCUCGACCCUAUAUUGCAGAAGCCAGUGAGAAACUGUAUCUGCGCGAAAUUUCAAGUGCGGAGUGGACGAAAGCUACUGAACAACUGGAUACAAAAACAACCGCUACAUCAUUCCUGCAAAACUCACGAAAUGGAAACAGAGCCGAUUUCGACUUGCCAUACUACACCAAGUUUUUGUUACUAGCUUCUUACCUGGCCUCGUAUAAUCCUCCAAAGUUUGAUGUUCGCUAUUUUUCCAGAACAGCCGAAGAGCGACGGAAGAAAAAGGGCGGCGGGGUGCGUAAAGGCACUGUUGACAAGCUGGGAGGCAAAAUGAGACAGCAAUUACUGGGACCGAAGCCUUUUCCUGUAGAACGUAUGCUGGCCAUCUUUUACAGUAUCAUCGGAGAGACUCUGGAAGACAAUAUUGAUAUCCAAUUACAGAUCACCAGCUUAACAACGUUACGAUUACUGGUUCGAUCGACUAAAAUGGAUCGCCUGGAUGGAGCCAAAUAUCAGUGCAAUGUCAGCUUUGAGUUUAUUCGCUCGGUGGCUAAAAGUGUACGCUUCGAAAUUGACAAGUAUUUGUAUGAUUUUACGUAA